UUUCUUUUUUCUUUCUUUAUAUACCAAACGAGACAUAAUGGAAAUAAACAAAGAAGAAGCACUUCGUUAUGAAGCUGAAGCUUUUUUAGCAAAAGCAGAAAAAGCUGCUGCUGAAAACACUAGUGCACCUACCACACCUACAGAAAAGCCUUCAACAACAAGUGAAGAAAAGCCUCGGUCAGGAAAAGCUUCAAGUGGUCAACAAUCAGCAGAAGUGAGAGAAAUCUUAGCCUGUGGUAGUGAUUAUUACAAGGUAUUGAAGCUUGAUAAAAAGUGUACAGAAGUAGAAAUCAAAAAAUCAUAUAGAAAGCUUGCUCUUAAAUUCCAUCCUGAUAAAAACAAGACGCCUGGUGCUGACGAAGCCUUUAAACUUAUCUCAAAGGCUUUUACAGUAUUAUCAGAUCCUCAAAAACGAGCUAUUCAUGACGCUGGAGGUGGCGAUCCUGAGCGACGUGGAGCUGGCGGUCACCCGGGAUUCUCUGGAUUCCGUACUCAAAGCUAUGGUGCUUCUCCAUUUGGUGAAGAGAUCUCACCUGAAGAUCUAUUCAACAUGUUCUUUGGUGGUGGUGUGCCUAUGGCCAAUAUGCAUAGACAAGGAUUUAGUUUUGGUGGUUCACCGGGCUUCAGUAGUGCUACUUUUGUCGGUCCUGGCUUCCGUGCACGUACUUUUAACACCGCUCAUCAACAGCAACAACGGCAUUUCCAAGCACAACAGAGGUCAGGAUGGUCUAUUCUGCUUCAAAUCUUGCCAUUAAUUGUCUUGUGUGGUUAUACUUUGUUUGCUGGUCUUUUGACAGAUGAGACACCUAUUUUUUCAUUCCAAUCAACAUCUGUUUAUUCUCAACCUCGUAUGACAUCCAGUCACCGAGUGCCUUAUUAUGUCGAACCCAAUGCAUUCAAGCCUUAUUUACAGAACCAUUAUAAGCUAUCCAAGGUAGAACAACAAGUGGAAGUGGACUGGGUUCGCUCCCUACAACAAAACUGUUUGCAUGAACGCAAACAACAACAGGCCAAGUUAAACAAUGCCCGUGGUGCAUUUGGAUUUGUAGGUCGCAAUGAAAAGCAGUACCAAGAAGCAUUGAAUAUGAAAUUGGCACACUGUGAAGAAUUAAAACGAUUCGGUAAUUAAUAAAAUACGUU